AUGGAUAUGCAAGCCUCGCACAGAGCGCCGUCGUCGACUGAUCUGAAGCUCGACGCCGCAAGCAUCGGCCAUCUCACAAAGCUUGCGGCACAAUGCGAGCGUCAGGCCAAGCUAGCGUCAGCUUCAGGCUGGCCACAGCUCCUUCUCGAUGCGCUCAACCAGAUACUUGCGCUCCAGACGGUUGAGAAGCUUGCCGAGCUUGAACGUGCUUCUCAGGCUCGAUAUGCUGCACUCGACGCCAAGCGACUUGCUGCCAAAGCGCAGGCUACCGGCAAGGCACAGGCGCUCAAGAGAGAGGCUUCGAUGUCGAAAGUACUGGACCGUGUGAAGGAUGACCCCGUGACAGAUGGCGCGGGAAUAGACAGUAGCAAGGGUCUGCGCUUCACGGUCUAUCUCAACACGAAGCCACAGACGUCGAGUGAGACUCGAGCGGUCCACUUUCGGCCUGAUCAAUACAUCGGCGAGCCACUCUUCACGCCCUCCGAACCUGAAUCUGAGUGUCUCGAGUCCCAAGUGCGCCGAACAGGUGGCACGAUAUGUCUGCGCGGACCGAACAGCGAAUUGCAAAAGCUCCGACCAAUCGUACAGCUUCUCCUUUUCGCGGCCACGCACCUUCUGCUCGAGAUGUACUUGUUACGUGAUUUCGGUAUCGUGCGACCCGAGGAGACUGUCGAGAUACCUGUCAAAGUAGUCGCGGCGGAUCCGCGUCGCCCAUCUGUCUCGCUAUCCGUGUUCUCUGAUCCUGGGCCAAAGAUAGAAGAGGAAGUCGAUCUGAGCAAGACGCUGCGAUCUCACAGAUCGAGUUUCUUGUCAACCUUUUUGCGACCAGCUCAGAGCGGACGUGCACUCGACAGAUCAUCGACGUUGCAGCCCGCGCCGCAAAGCAACGGCUCAAAGAUUAGCAAACUCGUCGGCAAGCUCAGACUUUCGCAUAGGCUUCGUUCCUCGUCCAUCGAUCCUGCAGAAGCGCGGGACAAGCAGCAGAAAUCUGUCCUUCGAGCCCGAGGACUGCUAGAUGCCUGGGAGCUGCUCGCCAGCGAUUCGAGCACGCUCGAUGAUGUACCAGCCGUAGAAGGGCCUACGACGCCCGUCAAAGGCAUCGUCGAGCCUGACAAUCCAGCCGCACGCUUUCAGAAGGUCAUCGAUACUCUCAAGAACACAAUCAUAUCGACCUCGCCCGAUGUCGUUGUACCGCCGCCUCACUUGCUAGUCAAGCUGCAGCAGCAAGAAGCAGCCAUUCGCGAGCAAGAGAAAGAAGGAUCGAUCAAGCCAACCAUGACAAUAGACGCUCGAGCCGGACUUGGCUCAUUGCUCACAAACAAUGACUCUGUAGAGGGUGUGUUGAAGCAUCAGUCGCUGACUAUGCUCCUAUUCGAGCAAGCCACUCUGACACUGUCGACCGAAUUGCGAUCGGUCGAUAACCCCUCCUGGAUCACACUCUCUUAUGGCGACUUUCACAAAAGCGAUCUGACACUUGGCCGAUUGCUCAAACUAUGUCGGCAAGCUGUCGACGCCGACGAGCAAGAUCACCAGAUACUUUUGGCGCACGGCACGACUCGUCUUGCUCUGCGCUGCAGGAGGCGCAAGCCAACAGCCGAAGAGGCGCUCGUUGCUUCCCGGUGUCGCGGAUGUUGUCAGACGACGACGUUCCGCUCGCUCUCAGCCCCAAGCUUGCUCAUGUCUUUCGCUAAGUAUUGUGAGCUCAGACUGUACGAUACGGCCUUUUGCUCGCCAGACUUACUUUGCUCGCACGACAAGGACCCUGUCAAUAUCGAGCACAUUUUUGCCUUUGGCACACUUACGUGCGAGAUCAGCUCGACAAAGGUAGACUUGUACGAGAUGCGUUUGCCCUCGUCGGCUACGCACCCUGCUCCGCUGGCUCUCCAGGAUUCUCAAUGUGCCAACACUGUCUCUGUGCAAGCUACUGAUCUAGACGAGCGGUCUCAACUUCGGAAGGAAGUGUCAGAAUUCUACGACAGCUUCCAGCUAGCUGUGGACGCAGGCGUCGUUUCCUCGAGUCCCGGCAAAGACGAGACUGUUUCCAAAGCCAAGCGCGACGCGGUAGCUCUGCAGACGCUCGGUCGAGAGGCCACUGCACACCAGGCACAACUCGUCGAACAGCUCAGUAGCGGAUCGACUACAAGUCAGAUUCGGCGCGAUUUCCGGGCUCAGGCUCUUCUGGAUGACACGAAGCUCUCUGUCUUGCGCAAGAAGCUGCCAAAAGAAACUGUUGGCGAGACAGUCAAGCCCGAUUAUGUCUGUACAGCUUGUCACUUGAUGCCUGGCAUCGCUGCUCGAGAAGACGAGCCAUCGUCCUGGAUUGCGCAUUCGCUCUCUUCGACUGACUAUCUUGCUGCUCUGUCCGACUAUCUGGCAGCGCUACAAGAUGAUCACGAUGCAAAGUCUGACUCGCUGUCCGACGCCUCGGAGAUUCAUACGCCCGACUAUCAAAGCGUUGUUCGACAGACGCGCAGGCAGAAAGUGGAGCAUUCUAAGACCAUUCGUACCUUGACGAGCUUAGCGACACGCGGGCUCAAGAAUGGCAGCGUCAUCCUUCCGGCAGGCAAAGCCAUCGAGUCCACGGAAGGCGCGCCGCUGUCUGUCAAGACGGAUCUGGACGAUGCAAAAGUGCUAGCGGAUCUGCUCAACAGUACAUCACCUGACGCAGAACAGAAGCGACUGCCCAAAUGGGCAUCGGGUCGCUCGACGCCGAGUCUGAUCAAGAGUGUGAACAAGCGGUCCACUUCGCGCCAGCAAGUCUCGAUCACCUCUGCAGACUUUUUCGCGCCCUCGCCCAAGUCAGACCUGUCGCUCACACUGCCUUUGAGCGGUGAUCAGAACACCGGCCAAUCUAGCUUCUUGUCUAUACGCACGCCUUCACCUGGACUUAACGAGAUGCAGUCGACAUAUUUCCCAGCAAAGGCGACCAGUCGACCUGGCUCAAUUGCGUCCAGCGCAUCUGCGACCAGCUUGCUUGAUCCGCUAGAGCCCUGUCAUCUCCGUCACGUCUAUGAAGACGAUCACAAGCAAUUCACCGUCACGCAUUGGUAUGCAGAUAAGUUUGCAGGCCUACGUGCGGCCUGUGGCAUCGACGAAGACACAUUCGUCAACUCGCUCAGCAGAUGUACAGCAACCACCAAUUCGGGUGGCAAAUCAAAGUCGGCCUUCUACACAACUGCAGACGAGCGAUUUCUGCUCAAGACCAUGCUCUCCAGCUGGCAUGCAGGCUCGGAGAUCGAUUAUGUGCUUGACUUUUGUCAGGCUUAUUUCGACAAGACACUCGAGACCGACAGCCAUCAGCCUUCGGUGAUGGUCAAAUUAUUUGGCAUGUAUUCUCUGCAGAUGCGCGAUGUCAAGACGAGCGAGACGACUCAGCUCGAUAUUGUGAUCCAAGAGCAGAUCUUCUACAAGCAGAGGAUCACAAAGACGUAUGACCUCAAAGGCAUUGGCGGUCGCCGGAAGAAGCAGAUGCAACGCUCCAACAAGGCGACAUCGGGCUCGGAUGUCAAGACGAAGGAACCAUCCUUGACACGAAGCGCGACAACCAAAUGGGACGCCGAAUGGAUUGACGAUGUCAAGCAGUCAAGUGUGCUGCUCCAGCCUCACAGCAAGCGCAUCCUCCGAGAGGCGAUCCACAAUGAUCUUGCUUGGCUUCAGCAGCACAACCUCAUUGACUUCAGCCUCCUCGUCGGCUGCGACGAACAAAGUCACGAGCUCGUAGUUGGCCUCAUCGAUUGUCUCGGCCACUUCUCGCUCGCCAAGCUCAUUGAGACGAAGAGCAAGCGGGCUAUACGGUCUGCAGAAGACGUCACGGUCUUGCCGCCCGAUGAGUACGCCAAGCGGUUCGAGAAUAACGUCAACAGGACCUUUGUCUCUGUUCCUGCCAAAUUUACAAAGGUCGACUCGCUCCCGCGACGGGAGCUUAGCUGCCCGUUGUAA